AUGCCAAACUCUCCCAACCGAGCGAUGCGACCAAUCAACACAGAUCGAACCGACGAUGCAGACGCAACCCACCAAGGCCUUCGAAGAACCCGGAGAGGAUACAGACAGCGAGACCCAACAAGACGAACCACUGAAAAGCAAAAAUGGCAAGCGUCACUUGAGCAAGAACCAGCCCCCCACAUUGAGGCAAAAAAGAGAAAGGAACAAGAGGAAGGAGAGAGGAAUGACGAGAAUGUCCUAGAAGUUAUGGAUGAAGUCGGCGAGGACGAGAGUGGAGUCGAGUAUGAACAGGACGAACAGAGUGAAGAAGACAUGGCCGCAGAGCAGGUGGAACGGGUAGUACAACAGGCUCGAGCGCAGGUGGAACCAGCGAGAGGAGGCGCUAACCCGGGGCAGAAGCAGAGGGUCGCGCACAUCCGGAAGAGGAUCCAGCCAGAGAACGGGAGCGCCGGCGCCAACGACUCAGUGCGGAACUACGAAGCGCCCAACAGGAACGGGAUGAUCUUCGUCUCAUGCUACAACAACUGGAGAGACAUCCCUUGUGCCCGGCACGCCGGUACAGCCACUCGCAUUCCUAAACCACUUCUAUGA